AUGGAAAAUGAUAGAGAAGUGACCGAGUUCCUCAUGGCUCUCAAACGGAGACUAAACCACAGAUCCCGGUGCAGUAGAGCCGCCAGGAGCUUCCCAGGGCGACUGGGGUGCACUGGGGUCUCCAGCGUCCGUCCUGGCCUCCUGCUCCGGUUUUUCCUGCCGGUCUGUGCUAGAGCAGGCUGCAGCCCUGAGUUCAGAGCUGCUCUCUCGCUUUCCUACAGUUUCUCCAUCACAUCUCAGCCCAGGCCUGGACCAUCAUGGUGUGAGAUUCAAGGCCAAGUGAAUGAAAACAAGUUUCUUUCCUAUACCUGUGGGAGCAAGGAGGUCAAACCUGCUGGUCCUCUGGGGACGAAGCUGAAGGACACAGCGUUUUGGGGGACACAGAGGGAACCUCUGAAAGACCUGGGGGAAGAGCUCAGAAAGAAACUGCUGGACAUUUUCACUAAGAGUGAUUCUCUCACCAUGCAGGGCAGCCUGAUGCGUGAGUGUGGGGCCCACGGACACACCAGAGGAUCCUGGUGGUUCGCCUUCAAUGGGCAGUUAACUCACUUCUUUGACCCAGAGAAAAUGGUUCCUCCGGGAGGCCAACAGUUCAGAGGCAUGUUGGACAAUGAUGAAGAGCUGACCAAGCUCCUUGUGGGGACGUCAAAGGGAGACUGUAAGAGCUGGCUCCAGCAAGUAUGGGAGCCCUGCGAUGAAAUGCAGGCGACCACAGCGCCACCAGCAACGCAGCCAGAUGUGGCCCAGACCAGGAACAUCUGCAUGGUCAUUGUGAGCCUCGACGUUGUCGUUAUCGUCAUCGUUGUCGUCCUCAUUGUCAUCAUAAUUUGCAUAAUCAUCAAAAAUUGACACUCUGUGUGGAACUUCUUUAGAAGGACAGGCUGCCAAGUCUACCAAGAAGCCCCUCAGUGUGGGGACCAGCUCAGUGACUCUGCCUCUGGGCCAGCUGCCUUUGGAUGAGCUGUUCAUCAUUAGACCAAGAGCACUUCCAAAUUUACAAAUCCAGAACCUCAGUCCAACCACCUGCUGCAGGAUAGGGAACCUCCCACGUCCCUUCUUGAUUUCGAGCCUCUCCUGUUCAGCACAUUCCACUGGCAUAUUCUAUGCCGUUUUCUCUCGGUGCUCAGUGAUGGAAUUCCUGCACUGAAGUGCUUAAAUGCUGGACUGAAGAAUCUCAACGAAGACAACGUUUUCUGUGUUGUCCUCUGGUUGUGCAAUAUCGGAUUCUUCUCUGUAAGAGGACCAUGACCUUGCAGACAGUAUCACCAAAAAGACACUGUUUGAAGCUCUAGAACUUCAGGGACAUUUUCUGUGUCCUCAUUGACUUUUUU